UUUUUAUAUUUUGGUGCUCACAAUUGUGAAGGUAGUGGUCACUACAUUCUGUUACUUAUGACUCUCUUAUAUCUUAUAAUUGAAGUAACAGAAUUAGAAUAUCCAUUCCAACAGAGAUGUGUAGAUUUCAUUGAUUUAAGGUGUUAAGAAGGAGUCUCACUAUCAUAGAAACAACUUCCAAAUCAAUAAGAAUGUUUUUUAGCAAAACACCAGAUGUUCCAAUAGGAGUUUAGAUACUCAAAGUUGAAUUUUUUUUAAUAACAGCAGACUAUUACCAACGCAGGAAGAACCGAUCCGACUUUCCUUUCUGGAACAAAUGUGUAAUGACAUUACUCUUCUCAUUCACACUCACAAGGACCGAUGAGACACAGAUUUUACAAUUAACUCAAUUUGAAACUAGCUAAAACGGGAAAUGAUUGGGUAAAAUGUUGAGUUCCAGUUAUGUUAUUAAAAUGCACACACUAUACGGUAUAACGUGUUUGCUUGAAGAGUUUGGUGAGCCAGAGGGAAGAGCAACAGGAGUUAGAGCACACACAUCUACACACACACACGCACACACACACACAAAGCUGCGCCACUUGUGCUCCUCUAUUGGAUUGGGGAAUCUUGUUCGGAUGGCACCUCCGGUUCGCAGAGCAGCGUGAAGAUAAAUCACACGUCUAGGACGGUCGGACAAUGAAUGAAAUGUCAUGUUUUGUAUGUUCAGCAAGAUGUUUUAGCCUGGGUCAACAACAUAUUUGUUGGAAUUGAGUUCAUAUAAUCAUGUUAAUUAUUUAUUAAACAUUGUUGUAAGAACAUUCAUGAAGUAUGACGGUUUUAAAACAACGUUGAAUAUGUUUUUGAAGCUUUUGGAGGGCCAGAACCCCCUUGAACUGAAUUGCACCUGUAGCUGCAGUUUCGUACUUCUAACAGCAGAGGGCUCCUUGGACACAACUACGAGUCGUCGUCAAGGCAACCAAAGCAACUUCGCUGGAGGCUCAAAGAGAGGCACUUCAAGCAUAAGCUGGAUCUAAAAGCGAACAAGCAAGAUUUUCCCGCGUUUUAACCUUUAAUUUGGCUUCAGCGACGUAACUUCUUCCGUGUGGUGAGCCGACCUCUAAACGUCAGGCUAUCGUUGCCUUCGACUCUUAUUGUGAAGGACUGAAGCCAAGAAACGACGGCUAAUUCUCACCCAGGGGCUAUUCUGAACUCUCUCCUGUUGCUGUCACGAUGCAUUUGAGGAGGCCAAAGUCGUCCAAAGGGCGAAGCAGACCGUCUGUUGACGACUCUUCGCAUUCCGGCGAUGGCGACGCCACGCAGAGUGGGCAAGCUGCGUCUCCAGAUUGUCCCGCGUCCCGCAGGCCGGGCAGGUCCCUGCGCUCCCAGUCCCAGCCCAUAAUGUGGCAGGCCAGCCAGCUGGGCCGGGACGGGGUUCCGCGAAGGCUGCAACACGCUGCCGACGCCCCCCAGCAGUCCCUAAACAAGUACACGGUUCUCCCGUGUAUAGGCGCAGGGCCAUCAGACGUCGGUCCCGGCAGCAACACGUCCGGGCCAGGGUUGACCACGAGGGACAAGGACGUGACCCAGACCAGCGGCUCGGAGGCGGGCGGGAGGGCUGGGCCAAAGUCCGGUGACCGGGCACCGGCUACGGCCAGAGAAAGUGGCAGUUUGCUCCUGGCCAUCCGAGCACCAUGCGGAAGGAGGUUCGAGCAGCACUUUGAACCCACGGACACUCUGCUGACGGUGAGAGCCAGCGCAGAGCUCAGGUACGAAGCACAGUACGGAGGGGCUUCCAUUGAGACCAUGGACGUGCCACGCAGGACCUUCGCGGACAUGGACAUGAGCUUGGCCCAGUGUGACAUCUUGAACAGAUCGGUGUUGUGCAUCUCACAGAACUAAAGUGCAUGAGUGAACUUAAAUGUUUCAUGUGAUUUCACAUAUGUAACUAAUGUCCACUAAUGUAACUUGUUUUACUGCACUUUUGCUCAGAAUACUAAUAACAGUAUUCUGAGUGGCCUUAUACAGUAUAUCCACAGUUGGCCUGUGAGGACAUCUCAAAUGACAUGUUUUAUUACAGUCAAAACAGGUCAUUAUUGUCAUUAUUUUAAUUAGGAUGCAGUGCCACAGUACAGCAACUAGAUGGAGGAUUAUUGACUGAUGCAUCCUGUGAAUGAUUAUUAAUUUUGCAGAUUUGUGCGGAGCAACUAUUUGGGCUACGGUAACUUGCAUGGACAAUAUAUAGUAGUAAGUGCACCAUAACCAGGACAGCUGUGGGGAUGACAUGCCACCGAAGAACAGCCAUAAUUAUCAAAAUAAAAAAAUAAACAAUGACAUGUCUCCUUAGUAACACUUUUUCUUUUCUUAAGAGUAGAAAUGACAGCUGUGAAAAGGUCAUGUUGGUCAAUCUGGUUUGAGAAAUAUCUCCUUUUGGAUGUUUUCACACUGGAUGGAUCCAUAAAAUCAUUUCUGGAUGGAUGAAGGUUGUGUGAUCUUAAGGAGUCAAGUUUGACAAUAUAAAGUCGAUCU